UGAACGCCAGAGGACCCCGCGAAAAAGCAGUGGAUUCAAAAUUUCAAAACAAACCCAGGAUUGUUGUUUUGUCAUGCGACUGUUUACUUACUACUACUGAGUUAGCUGGCUGGUAAAUGCACAACCGAACUCCUGAUUUAAAGCAGUUUAAUUAUGGACGCAGAAGAAAAGCACAACUCGAGUACAAACGAGAAGAGAGUGGAAGUUCCUAAACCGCCUUCCGUCGACGAUUUUGUCGUUUUGAAGCCCAUCAGCCGCGGUGCUUUUGGCAAGGUCUACCUUGCACGGAAACAGUGCAAUGCACGGUUAUAUGCCAUUAAGGUGAUGAAUAAAGCAGACAUGGUUGACAAAAAUAUGACGAGCCAGAUGAAGGCAGAGAGAGAUGCACUGGCUCUGAGCAAAAGUCCCUUCGUGGUUCACCUAUUUUACUCCCUGCAGACAGCCACCAAGAUUUAUCUGGUAAUGGAGUACCUCAUUGGUGGUGAUGUGAAGUCUCUCCUUCAUAUCUAUGGAUAUUUCGACCAGGACAUGGCUGUAAAAUACAUCUCUGAGGUUGCACUGGCUUUGGACUACCUCCACCGUCAUCGUAUAAUCCACAGGGACCUGAAGCCAGACAACAUGCUUAUAUCCAAUGAAGGUCACAUCAAACUAACAGACUUCGGCCUGUCUAAAGUCAAGCUUGACAGAGAGCUGAGCCUUAUGGACAUCCUUACCACUCCGUCCUUGGCUAAACCAACAAAAGAUUACUUCCGAACUCCGGGUCAAGUCCUCUCCUUAAUCAGUUCUCUUGGAUUUAAUACGCCUGCAGGAGAAGGCAAACGUCACUGCAGUGCGUCUGCUAUGUCCAGCCCCAUGUCCUGUGGCAAAAUAAAACAGAAGAACAACUCUCUUGGUUCUCCUUUGAUGAAGAAAAAAGAUCAACUGUCUUCUCCAGCUCAUGGCCCCUGGAGAUUGGGACCUAACAAUGGUGUGUUUAGUCCUCAUAACCUGGCGAAAAAUCUGACUCCCACGUUGCUGAAGACCAGAAGGAGGUUUGAGACGAUGAGUGCAGGCAGCACCACCGACACUGAAGCUGGCGUCAGUCCACUGUGGGAGUGUGAGGAGAAAGAAAACAAGCACAACAACGAUCAGAAGGGAAGAAGACGGUCUGAAUCCAAGAGGCCUGAAGAGGACAGUGAACCUACAAAACUGGGAACCUCUGCCUUUUCUGCUAAGGCCACAAGUGGUUUGUCCAAAAACCCAAAUCAAGACCUUGCUGCAGAAAAAAUGUCUCAAUGCAACAAACUGGAAUCUGUCUCUGCAGCUCAGGAAAAUAUUUCUCUAUCAAUGACAGACUGUCAACCUGCAGUUUCCUCAUCUGUGAAGAGAACAUUUUCAGAUUUAGAAAUAAGUCCAGAGGCGCAAGAAGUCAGAGCCAAAAAGAGAAACGCCGACUACAAGAGGGUCUAUGAGAUUCCAGAAGAGGCUAUGAGGUAUCACACCGGCCUGACAGGAACGUUUUCCACCAUCCAGCUGGGCGACUUCACUGAGGGGGUGGGUGUGGCUGAACAUCGGCUCCCGAAGCGCUCCAGUCCCAUCGCUGUGGCCAAAAGCCUGUUUUGCGAACUGGAAGAACCGGUGGAGGAUGUGUUUGAAGAUGCAGCCAGAGACUUGGCACAUUCCAGUUUCACAUCACCUGUGAACAGCAACAUCUGCAGGAGCUUGAGCCUCGACUCCGACGGAUCUAUGCAUGAAACCUCCCCCCCUACUGACAGCCACACACCUUUCCAGCUGCACAAGUCUUCCAAAAACAGGGGUUCACCUGAAGAAGAAGAAGAAGAGGACAAUAAAGACACAUCCAUUGCUCUGUCACUUCCACUCACUCCUGUUGCCUCUAGUGAAACCCCUAAACUGGCUCAUUUAGGACAAAGAAGGGAAUCUCAGUGUUCCUUCUUCAACCGACUCCCUGAUCUGGCUUGUAGUGUGUCACAGUCUCCCUUUUUCCUCAAGCCUCGAAAUGUGGUGGCUUUCCGCAGCUACUGCAGCUCCAUUAACCGCUCCAACAUGUCGGGCGUGUCUCGACUCAGCAUGGGAUCUGUGGAGGCGAUGGAGACAUCAGCUGCUUCUUAUCACUCUGCAUCUGGCAGUGCAACACCGGUGCAGAGAAGACCCAGCUCCCACAGCUCUCUCGCUCAAACUCCUCAGGCCAUGUCGACCUCUCACACCCCCUUCAGGACUCCAAAAAGUGUCCGUAGAGGUGCGCUGGCCGUCGAGGGAGCACCCAUCUUAGGAACCCCGGACUAUUUGGCUCCGGAGCUUCUUCUGGGAAAGCCACAUGACUGCAUGGUGGAUUGGUGGGCGCUAGGUGUGUGUCUUUUCGAGUUCCUCACAGGUGUUCCGCCUUUCAACGACGAGACGCCUCAGCUCGUCUUCCAGAAUAUCCUCAACAGGGAUAUCCCCUGGCCUGAAGGAGAAGAGGAAUUGUCCGUAAAUGCAAGGAAUGCCAUUGAAAUCCUGCUGACCAUGGACAUGACGGCACGUGCUGGCUUUAAGGAACUCAAGUGCCACCCCCUGUUUGACGGCCUGGACUGGGACAACUUGCAGAACCAGCCGAUGCCGUUCAUACCUCAGCCGGAGGACGAGACCGACACCUCGUACUUUGAGGCAAGAAACAACGCUCAGCACAUCGCCGUGUCUGGCUUCAGCCUGUAGACAAACACUCAAAAGGAGUUCUUUUUAAAGUGGCACUGAAUAAACGUUGGCGGUCGGUGAUGUGAGAAUGUUCUCGAUGUUCCUGCUAAUUGCUUUCAGAAUUAAGUUUACGCAGCUAAACACACUGUAAUGAUUCUGAUUAUCGGUUGUUGUUUUUAAAAAAUACAUUUUACAUCUGUGCAAUCACCCAUCAUAAGAUAGCUGAAGUAAAUUUCUUAGAAUUACUGUUAGUCUCUUAAAUUAGCUUCUUCUACUAGCAAAGCACUAUUUGCUACUGCUUUAUUUUGUAUUGAUGUUAGCUUUUCAUGCAGAUACUUUUUUUUUUUUUUUGCUGUAAUGUCUCCAGUUGUUAGCCGACUGGAUGGGCAGUCCCCCCGAAGAAAAACAUACUAAUAUAUUCAUAAAUAAGGUGUUUUAUAUGUAAAUUUUGUCGAUACAUUUAUUUAGUGUCAUAGUUUUACGUCAGGAGUGGCACUUUCUACUCCAGCAGGACUGUUUUUCAUGUUUUUAUGUCAUUUCUGUUAUUUUUCCUUCACUUUUCAACACUACCGGUUCAACCUUGCUGCUUGUGAAUUUUUAACUGUAGGAAAAAAGGAAAAUACAAAUAAAAUGUGUUUGUAAUAUUA